AUGGGUCACGCUAAUUUUAAAGCUGACCGCGAGAAUUUGAUAUUCACGUUAUUCUCACACCUGUUGUCGUCUGGGGUACAUGGUAUGAUUUGGAAUAAUACUAUCGGCAUAUCUCCGAAUAUUUCACGACUAUUUAAAAUAUUUGGAAAAUUAUCAUAUCGUCAAGUUAACACAUUAUCAUCAACUGAUAUAAAUCAGGUAGUUUUAUUCGGUAGAGUGAGUUCUUUACAUUUCGGUGAAAGCAAGAAUGGUAAAAAUGUCUAUGUAUCAAUUGGAUUAGUAACAAAAAAUAGUUUAAAGACUACGAAUGGAUAUUUAUCUACCGUGGCUUUUCAUACUGUAUAUGUUUUCGAACAAUCGUUUGUUGAUAAAAUUAAACAUUUAACCAAAGGUGAUCGAUUAUGUGUUAUUGGUCGAUUGAACUCUUAUUCUAAACCUGAUGGUGAAUGGCGUUCUUCUGUUACAGCUGACAUAGUAAGCCCACUUGUUGGAAUGCCGACAAUGAGUGGAGAUGAUUCUGUUAUGGAAGAUGAAAAAGCUAAUGAAGAUGAAGAGAUUUUAACAGAUGAAAUGGAAGAUAAACUUGAUGCUGAAAAAUGA